CCGGCCCGGGACCCCUCGCCGCCCCAUGCGCCCCCCGGCGCUCCCCUGAGCGCUGCCGGCCACGAUGCGAGCCCAAAUCGAGGUGAUCCCGUGCAAGAUCUGCGGGGACAAGUCCUCAGGGAUUCACUACGGCGUUAUCACUUGCGAAGGCUGCAAGGGUUUUUUUCGGCGCAGCCAGCAGAACAACGCCAGCUACUCCUGCUCGCGGCAGAGGAACUGCCUGAUCGACCGCACCAACCGCAACCGCUGCCAGCACUGCCGCCUGCAGAAAUGCCUGGCGCUGGGCAUGUCCCGCGACGCGGUGAAGUUCGGCCGCAUGUCCAAGAAGCAGCGGGACAGCCUCUACGCCGAGGUGCAGAAGCAUCAGCAGAGCCAGGAGCAGAGCGGCGGUGCCAAGGAUGAGCCCGAGCCCCUGAGCCGCGUCUACACCACCAGCGUGAGCAGCGGCCUCUCGGACCUGGACGACAUCUCCACGCUGUCGGACGGGCUCCUCUUCGACUUCCCCCUCACCCCCGAUGGCAGCAGCACCUACUACAACCUCGACCUCCUGGCCUCGGCGCAGCCCUCGCCCGACCAGUCCAGCCUGGACGUGGCCGAGGCCACACUCAUCAAGCAGGAGUCCCUCUACGAGCUGAUGCUGGAGCCGGCGCUCUUUGCGCACGGCGCGCUGGAAGGUGGCCAGCUGGCCACCAACAUCUCCGUCCAUGAGAUCGACCAAAUUGCCCAAAACGUGGUGAAGUCGCACCUGGAGACCUGCCAGUACACAGCGGAGGAGCUCAAGCACCUGGCGUGGGCGCUGUACUCCCCGGACGAAAUCCGCGCCUUGCAGAGCAAGAGCUGCGAGGCCAUGUGGCAGCAGUGCUCGCUGCAGAUCUCCAACGCCAUCCAGUACGUGGUGGAGUUCGCCAAGCGCAUCGACGGCUUCAUGGAGCUCUGCCAGAACGACCAAAUCAUCCUCCUCAAAGCCGGUUGCCUCGAGGUGCUCCUGAUCCGCAUGAUCCGUGCGUUCAACCCCUUAAACAACACAGUGCUCUUCGAGGGGAAGUUCGGUGGCAUGCAAAUGUUCAAGUCACUCGGCUGCGACGAUCUCAUCGGUGCCGUCUUCGAGCUGGGGAGGACUCUGUGCCGCCUGCAGCUGUCGGACGAGGAGCUCGCCCUCUUCACAGCCGCUGUCCUGCUCUCCCCGGAUCGUCCCUGGCUGACGGAAUCCAGGAAGGUGCAGAAGCUCCAGGACAAGAUCUACGUGGCCCUGCAGCACGAGAUCCAGAAGAAACACUCCGCCGAGGACAAGCUCUCAAAGAUGGUUUCCAAGCUGCCCCUGAUGAAGACCAUUUGCAACCUGCACUUGGACAAGCUGGAAUUCUUCCGUCUCCUGCACCCGGAGACGGCCAUGAACUUCCCACCCCUCUACAAGGAGGUUUUCAACUCGGAGCUUCAGUACAGCGACCCGCGGGAGAGCUAAGGCUGGGAGCCACCAGCCGCCUCCUCGCUCCCCAAAUCUGUGGAUGAACUGAACUUCAGAGGUUUGGGGUGGUUUGUUUAAGUCAAGUAAUCAAACCCAAGACAACCUGGGGGGGGCGGGGUAUCUCCCCAGCUCCGUUUCCUUGCUGUGGAUUGCAAUAG